CCCACCCAAUUUUUCUGGGAGUACCUCUCCGGGUACUUGCUGAAGAUUAGUUUUUGACAGUGUUUGUCAGUUUCGUUCAGAAAUGUGCAUUUUCUAGCUACAGUGGAACCCCGCCUUACGGUCACCUCGCUAAUACGAUCACCUCGUUAUUACGGCCACCUUUUUUGUCCCGUUUUGUUUGGAGGUGCAAUUGUAAUAUAUCUGAUCAGAGGUUGCUCAGUUUAGACCAGUCGUGAAAUUUGACCCUACCCCGUUAACACGGCCAAAUUUUCAUGGCCCGUAGCUGACCGAAUUAACGGACUUCCCCUGUAUAACGAAGAUAAAAAUAUGUGAAGUUUUACAGGACAACCACAUUAGCGCUAUUUUACAGGCCAAGACAACAACACGAUUCACCCUCGCUGCGUUUCUCAUCCCAAACCCCUCUCCCCAGGAGUAUAGAGAGGUUCAGUAGGGGGUAGUGGCUGGUUUAACCUGCGAUGUCCAUCCACAUUCUAUCAAGGAGAGGGUGGGGGUAUGAGGUCUGCUAUUUCUUUUACCAAACUCGUAGUUUUAAACUUUACCAGUUGUGAAUCAGUUACCCUUUUUGAGUCGUUUUUCCGACAGAGAUUUACGCAUUGAGAAUUAUUUUAGGGGCUGAAAGCUCUGUACUUCGCCGGAGUGAGUCGCAUUCUAUAGAACUGACUCAUUCGACAAGAAUCUCCGGGAUCAGUGAGCGUGAUGUCUUGGCCAUUUAUUAUUUAUACUUAACUAAAAUGUCCCUAGGUACUCAGCUGUUAUAUUCUACGGAAUAUAUUUUUUAGUUGUGCGACCGUUCAAGAUCGAUGUUUUUUUCCUUAAAAGAAAUACCAUUCGCUACGGAAUCAAUGCUCGCCUGUCAUUGAAUGCGGCUUGUUCUUCGAAAGCUCUGGAAAAACUACGCAAGAUAUUUUGUACCAUGAAAAUGUUUCCUGAGAUUUUCCUGGCAAAACACAGGCAUGUAAGGCGACAGCUUCAAGCGAUACAAACAUCGAUGCUGCUAAUUGUUGUAAUUUUAAACGAAGGUAUUAAGGAGUUUACUGUACACGGAGCCCCAACCGAGGGAAGGAGAAGGCUCUUCCAAACAUCAGCCAGCCCAAUCCCUCACCCUGAUUCAAAGAGUCUGAAGAAAUCAGCAACAGCAAAUAGACUGAGUCAUAGGUUUAUUUGGAUCAAUGUUGGACGACCGACACACAGGGCGACUCCCCAGAUACCUGAAGAGGAAGUAGGGGUGAAAAAAUCUAGCACGGCAGAGAGGCCUGUUGAACGAAGGAGUAGCCUCGUUACAGCGCAAGAUUCCAUCGAAGCGAUAUUAAAUUUCAAAACUCAUCCAAACAUGGAGGAGACGAGGGUUACUGAGGAAGGUAAUCUGGUCUCAAGAGUUCUUCAUGAUCAGGAAAAGCUGAAGAUGUUAUACGGAAAAGGUAUAUCAACGUCGAAAAAGUUUGUGAUACCAGAUUAUGAAAGUGCGAUGGUGUUUCGGCGAGAUCAGACGUCGCGUAAUCCCAUACCGCGCCCUCAAACGGAUUCCUCUGAGGGUAAACGCGGCCUUGUGCUUCCAGGCGACACUACGAACAUUUUACGAAGAAAAACACUGUUAUACUCCGAGCCAUCAUACAGACCCAGUGGGGGUACAUCUACAGGGAAAGAGGUUCACACUGAUCCUAGACAGUUAAUUUCAAUCUUAGGAGAUCCGUUACCGUAUAAAAGAAGUGACAUUUCCUACCACGAGGCCUCUUCGACCAGGAGGAAAAAGGCGCAUGGAAGUGCUAAACGUUGGGGAGAUGAGAGCAGAGAGAGGCGCAAAAAAGGAGCUCACAGGGAGGAGCGUUUUAUGGACUCAGAAAACUCAGGCCCGGACAUACAAGACGUUGAUGCAUUUAAUAACCGUGAUUUAGACGAAGAAUUGAGCAGAAGAGAUCCAGGCGAACACAGCAUGUUAGAGCAUCUACUCGAUGAUUACUCGCCGUCGUUUGGAACCAGAGACGAGAAAAUGGAGAAGGAAUCUACAAUAAAACAGAUUGAGAAGCUAACUCAACAGAGCUCUGUUCUGUCCAAGGAUUAUGACUUCACGGGUCUACCGUCUGAGUUUGCUAAUAUGGAGGUGUCUGAGGGUGAGUUGCCCUCCUACGAGCAGAUCGGAGACACUGGAUUAAACAUUCGCAGAUCGAAAGUUUCAAAGAAUGCGCACAAGAAGCAUGGACACAAGGUGGCGGUUUUGAGUUCAAAGAGACUUCGGGUUAAGACUAGGCGUGAUUAUAACGAAGCCUACUCAUUCUCUCAACCCAGGCUACUGAAGACCAAACGGUCGUUGCCUUAUCACCAUCGUCAUCAUCAUCAUCAUUAUCAUCACAGAUGGCGGUCGCCAUAUCUUCAUAUAAGAUCUCCCGAAAUUUCCCCUUACAGCGACUAUCCAGACGAACAGGAGCAGCAAGACUAUGAAGAUAUGCCUAAGCUAUCGAGUAUUAUGCAAUUCCAUAGGUUGCCCAUGGCACAACGAUGGCCAACAUUUCCGAUUUCACUGAUGGCGGAGCGUUUUUUCCGUUUUCCUCGUUUACCAAAGAUAAGUGAAUUUUCACCAGAGCCUCUGGAAAGAUUAGAACACUUACCACCACCCGCACCAAUCCCACCGGCUAUAAUCGAUCGAGAGAAAGCUGGUGAUAGGGAGGCGGAGCCCGUGGAUGAGUGGGCCCCAUUUCCUGAGCCUAUCCCUGAACCGGAGCCUCCUCCAAUACCAGAGUUGCCCUUUAUAAAAGAGAUACCGCCCAUUGCUGAGCCUCAGGAGCCAGCCCCUGAGAAUUUAGACCCAAAGAAGACAUUUGAUACAGGAGAAAGCAAUGGCGGAGUGAAGAAGAGUUCAUCUCGAUAAUUUAUCACAGCAAGCAAAAUAAUUCAAAUGACCGUCGACAUGAUGGAAGAGAAAACGUUUCAAAUCUCACCGGAACCUUUCAGGAACAGCCAAGAUAGAGCAUAAACUGAUAGCGAAUGUGAUCUAGUUAAACUAGCACUUCAGCCAUAUAAAAACUACAAGAUUUGCCGGACAAUUUGUAUGAAAACAGUCUACAAUGCUUUUAAAACUGAGGUAGGAUUACAAAAAAAAUCUGGUUUAUGUAGCAAACCUAUCAUCAAUAAAUGAAUAUUUCAUUUGUACAAUUUUGUUUUUGCUUUUUGUAGCCUUGCCACUGUACAUUGCUUUGGAAGACUUUUAUGCCCUUCUGAUUUUCUGAAACUCUAGUUCAAAUGAAUUACGAGAGCCCCACACACUACAAAACACUUCUUGUA